GUCUGUGGCAGCCUAAAAUUCUACAAGACAGUCACGCAAAAUCUUCUCCUAACCUCUGGGACAGGCAGAGAUUUUGGUAGUGUAUUACGCUGGCCAAUCAGUGGAAGGGAUUAUCAUCAAAGUAAUGAGCGUGUCAUAUCAGUGUAACACACCCGGGUAAAUGAAUUCCUGACUCUAAAUGGCCAUUGAAAUCGCUGCCACUAUUUGCUGCAGCUUGCAAGACCAGAAGGAAGAAUUGCACAAGCGCCUGUCGUUCACCACCCACAAACUGGAGAUGAUGGAAAGCGAGUUUGACAACACCAGGCAGUACCUGGAAACGGAGCUGAGGCGAGCUCAGGAGGAGCUGGAGAAAGUGACGGAGAAGCUGAGGCGAAUACAAACCAAUUACUUGUCUUUGCAAAGAAUAAAUCAGGAGCUAGAGGAGAAGUUGCACAGAAUGGGCCAGCACUACGAGGAGGAGAAGAGAGCGCUGGGACACGAGGUGAUAGCGCUUAAUAACCAUUUGUUGGAGGCCAAGGUGACAAUUGAUAAAUUAUCAGAGGACAAUGAGCUGUAUAGAAAAGACUGUAAUCUGGCCUCGCAGCUGCUGCAGUGCAGCAAGAGUUACUAUAGAGCGCACAAACUAUCAGAGCUGCCCACUGACUUCCAGGACAGAGUAAGUGAACACUUGGAAAAGCAUGGGUGUAACCUAAGUGUGCCGCUUUCUAGCACCUCAUAUGCUGAUAGCAUUCCUACUUGUGUCAUUGCAAAGGUGCUGGAGAAACCUGACCCCAGCAGCCUGUCAUCACAUCUAUCAAGUGCUUCUAUGAGAGACCUCAGUUACGAGCAAGGAGCUCGAGACUCUGAAGAUAAACUCUGCCAGAGGCAGCAGUUCAAGCCUGAGAUCUACUGCAGUGACACAGCACUCUACUGCCCAGACGAGAGGAGAAGAGACAGGAGGCAAAGCUUUGAUGUGCAAGUCAAACAGGAGGUCUUCUUAAGAUCUCAGAACUCUACCGACAGCACAGUAGAAGAUGGGUUCCACUCCAGUUUCUCACAUGAAGCCUUCAAUGAAUAUGUAGCAUCUUUACCCACGUCUAGUUCAUAUUCCAGCUUCAGUGCUACUUCAGAAGAGAAGGAGAACAACCAGGCCAAUACUUUAACAGCCUCACAGCAGGCCAUCUACAUGGGAAACAGGGAUGACCUAUUUGAAAGGAAGUCUACCACAGGUUAUGAGAAUACACCAAGUCCUAGGUUUGUAAAAUCUUUGUCUGUCCAACACAUGGAGCGCAACCCUGAAAACACAGCCUCUCCUAACUUCACAAGGUCCUCUUCCUAUGUAGAGGAACCUUUUCAGUUCUCCAGAAUGCGUACACAGCAGGCACUAGACGCUCACAAGUCGCAAAGCGAGUGCAGGAGCUCUCACUUGUCAGAAGAUGACCUGCCAACUCAGUGGAGGCAAUUAAGCGUGGAGGAUAUUGGUGCAUACUCCUUCAGCAAUGAUGGACGAAUAUCACAGUGUAGUUUCACUGAACAAUACUUUGCAUCUAGCCCAGUUAAACAAUUGGAGAGCAGGAUGAGCCCCUUAUAUGGCAGCUACAAACAGGACAGCUUUUCUGAAGGGGAGGAAGUUUGUCAAAGCAGAAUGGGCGACUCCUGCUUCCUAAGAACAGACUCUGGUUUGAAAAUUGACAUCAGCGCUAGCUGCAAACAAGAAAUGUUGUCUAACUUUAAGUCUAAGGAGGCAAGAGAACAAAAAAGUGAGCGGAUGUCAGUUCAGAUGGGAAAUAAGAAUGCAGACACAAAUGUGGCAGCCAAGAGAGAAUAUGUUGACGUCAGUCCAAAUAGCUCAGCAGAAUCUCUCAGUCCAAGCCCUCUGGAGGCUUCAGAUGUACUCCAGUCUUCCAUUGACCAAGGACAUACAAGCUUUCAUGGGAAACCCCAGCAAUUCCAAAGAACUGGGAGCAUUGGGUUAACUAGGAAAGAUAGUCUUACAAAAGCACAACUAUAUGGGACACUUCUGAAUUAAUGAUCUUCCAAUUUGCAAUAAGCAAGAUUACGGAGGGUGUACACGUUCACACAAAGGUAGUGAUAAUGCUGUGGGUUUCUUAUGGUUCUGCUGUGCCAAUAUUAACAUUUCUUUACAACAAGCAGAUGUAUAUAACACUUUUGUGAAAAGCUUCCAAUAUAACAUAAACUAUUGUAAAGGCCUUGCAUUGGCGAGAAUGCCUUCAUUACGUAUUUGCACAAGGCUAUUUGAAGAGAAAAAAAUUUGUAUCAUUUUUUUAACAAUGUACAGUGAUAUUUAUAGGGUCAGGAUAAGGGUCAACAUAUAUUUUAACCAAAGUCUUAAUCAGGACUUCUUGCUUAGCCAUCAAAUCCAAGACUACACAAGGAAAAUUAUUAUAGUAAUGUACUGUUAUUGUUCUAUAGCAGGAAAAUAAGACAAUUCAGGUUUCAGCUCUUCAAUGUGAGUUCUGCCCAGUUUACAGGAUCCUUUGCAUGGUAUCAUUGAUUUAGCCUUUGUUUUACCAUACAUCAGGGUGGGGCAAUCUCUACUUCUCCAGUUGUUACUAAUGUACUUGUAGUUCAACAGCUGGAGAACCAUAGGCUGCUUACAUAUGCCUAAACUAGUACCCUAUCUACCCCUAUGCACUGGUUUUUUAUUUUAUUUUACAUUAUUAUAAAUCCAAUGCUGCUUUAAACCAAAACCAAUUUUUACUAGGAUUAUUCAUUGGCAAGAUCACAUUCAGAUAAAGUUGGGGCAAAGGCAUUAGAGUAAGCAGAUUGCAAUUAUUUACCGAUUACAGUUUUGAAUAGAAGUAUAAACCCCAUUAGUGAAACCAUAUUCCACAGGAAGUUAUCUGCAAAGUGUUUACGUGUACCAGCGUGAUUGGCCAGUACAUGAAUGGGUGUAUGAUGUCAUAAGUCACUUGCCCAACUAAUUUCCAUUACUGUAUAUCCAUAGUGCUGUACUACACCACGGCGCAGUAGCCUGCGAUAUGCAGAGGAACCGCCUUGGCUUCCUGUACGCACUACAGUCUACCUAUAAAGGUUCUCUCUCCUCUUCUGUAGCUCAUGACUGGCACUGAGCACAGUGUGCAUUAUGCAGAGGUUCUCCCUUUAGCGGUGUAAAAUAAACAGGCCUUGUAGGAGAUGCCUCGAUUUGUAGUUCUAAACUAUUUAAUACAACCAACCACACACAGCCAACUGAGCGGCCAGUGGUUUACAUAGGUGUCUUGUUAUCAAUGCAGACCCUAACGGCUCCUCAUGUGCUACCUCAGAAGUAAGUGAGGGGCUCUCUGUUAAUAUGUUUUCUAUAAGCUUGCAUUUAUAUUGGUAAUAACGCAUGAACUGUCCUUAAUAGUGUGGUAUUUUGCAUUACUCAAUGAAAGCAACAAGUUGAAAUAUUGAAUUUUUUUAUGAGUACGUCUUUCUAAGAAUUGGUUUGUAAGUGAUUCUGGUCCUCAUGACUCCACGUCUGCGAAGACGACUACUUCCUGCAUUGUGCCCCCAACAGCUGGAUGUCUCUGAUACCGAUAGUUGACAGAUUCAGUGCAAGUUGGCGCCUCUGUUAAACCCUCUCUCAGGAAUACGUUCUCCCUUUGGACAUCGUCAAUGACAUUGUAUAGAAGCGGGCAGGAUCGGAAGUAACUUUGUAAUUCUAAAGUUUCUGCCUUUUCAGGAGCCGUCCAUAUGAGUAUCUUCUCUCCGCAGGAACACUGAGCACACAACAUGGUCCUGCACAGGCAUUGUUGUAGUAUGGGUUCCCUGCCUAGUGGCCACUCCAUGCAAGGCUGGAUUCACAACAAAUCAAUCAUUCUAGAUUCCUCUCCAUCCCAAACAUCCCUAAAUGUCUAUUCUUCUAGUCUUUUCAAUGUAAAUGUUCAUUUUCUGGGGAAAUAAAAAAGCAGAAAAACAAAACAUGAAGAAUGCAUUUUGAAAUAUUUUGUAAUUUUCAGCAAUGAAAACUCUUACAUGAAUAAUGAGAAUAAAACAUGAUGUUAGAAA